AAAUCAAGCCAAUAUUUUCAGUUUUUAUUUUCCAAUUUUGCAUAUAAAUUGCAACUAUAAUUGUAAAAUCUCGAUUUAAUAUUUAUAAGUAAUUUACGAUUCAACAAUAUGUUGUAGCUUUUUUCGUUGUUUGUUAUUUAAUCAGCAAAAUGACGUCUGCUACAAUUCAGGAAAUAGAAGGCAUUGAUGACUACUGGGGACCAGCCUUCAGGUCAGUGUAUGAAGGAGAAGGUGGUCACGAGGCCUUUGUGAAACAACUCGAUGAAAGAAUCCAGCAACAUGACAAGGAAAUUGAGAAGCUCUGUAACUUUUAUUACCAGGGGUUUAUUGAGUCAAUACGUGAGCUGCUGGAAGUCCGAUCCAAUGCUGAGGAGCUUCAUGCAGAAAUAUCCAAUGUAGAUGCCAAUGUUAAGGAAACUACAGAUGGCAUAUGUGAAAGAGCAGAGGAGUUGAUAAGAGCAAGACGAGUGGAACUGAAUAUAGCAGCUACUAUUGAGAAGAUGGAACUGUGUUUGCCAUUGCUGACAACAUACUCAAAGCUCAAAACACAAGUGGAGGCUAAAAGAUACUAUCCAGCUCUAAAAACUUUAGAGCAACUUGAACAUGUAUUGCUACCUAGAGUAGGACCAUUCAAAUGGUGCGCUCAGAUCUCUGCCGACAUACCGAGGCUCAGGCAGUCCAUACAGGAUGCUUCUAUGGCUGAUCUCAGAGAUUUCUUGGAAAAUAUAAGAACGCUCAGUCCACAGGUUGGCACUAUGGCAUUGAAACAAACCCAAGACAUGCUUGGAAGAAGUUUGGCCAACAUUAUAAAAAAUAAAAAAGAACCAGCAUUAACCAGCCUGACGGGAAGAGACAGCGGUCCCCAGUGUCCCCACGAGCUGGUGGAUUUCAGUCCACUGCACCGCUGCUUGCACAUACACACUGUGCUCGGUGCUAAGAAUGAUUUCAUACAGUAUUACAGAGCGCAACGAAAACAGCAAGCUCGUUUAGUUCUCAUACCAUCUGGCAAUAUACAUGAGUCCAUACAAAACAUGAAGAGCUAUUUGAACGGCGUGCUCGGUUUCUUCAUACUGGAGGAGCACUUGUUGACCACCGGCGCUGGUCUAGUGUCCAAAGACUGGUUGUUGGAGACUUGGAGCAUGGCGGUCACUAAAGUGGCGUCCACAUUACGGACGAAUACGUCCCUGAUAACAGAUCCGACGCUCAUGCUGAGUAUUAAACAUCAGAUUGUGCUGUUCAUUAACGCUUUGAAAUGUUAUGGCCUACCGACUGAUCCGUUGCCACUACUGCUGCAAGAGAUGGCGGAACAUUACACCGAGGUGCUCAUGCAGAGAUGGGUGGCCGUGUUUAGAGAUAUACUGGAUAACGCCUCCUUCCUACCUAUUGAGGUGGAAACACAGGAGCAAUUUGACGGUGUUAUGGACACGUUUCCGUAUGACGGAGACGAACUGGAAAUCCAACCGUUCCCUAGAAAGUUUCCCUUCUCCACCGUGGUGCCAGCAGUCUACGUGCAGGUGAAGGAGUUCAUCUACGCGUGGCUGAAGUACAGCGCUGGCCUGGGGCUGGGCGCGCGGCGGGCGGCGGGCGCGCGGCGCUCCGCCGGUCUGCUGCUCGCGCGGUCAUUCGCCGGCUGCCUGUCCGCGCUGUUCCGCCGCCCGCUGCCGCUGCAGCAGCUCGUGCAGAUAAUCGUAGACACGCAGUACCUGGAGGACGCGACGUCGUACCUGUACGAGUUCAUCAGUAACAUCACCGGCUCCGAGCUUGUCACUACACAGGCGGCGGGCACCAUGUUCCAAACGGCGCGGGAUGACGCCGAGCAACAGAUCUGUGAAAACUUAGAGAAGAAAGUCGAUGAAUUUCUCGAUUUGGAGAACUAUGACUGGCUGCUAGUGGAGCCGAGCGGUCAGGCGUCGUCGUUCGUGACUGACAUGCUGAGCUACCUGUCCGGCGUGCUCACCUCGCUCGAGCAGCUGCCUGAGAGAGCCAGGGUGGCGGCAGUGCGCGCGGCGACCAACCGCAUCGCGACACGGCUCCGCAACCUGCUGCUGGACCCAGCUGUUCGCCAGGUGUCGUCCGGCGCGCUGCACCAGCUGGACCUGGACGUGAUACAGUGCGAACAGUUCGCGGCGGGCGAACCGGUGCCGGGACUGAAAGAGGGCGAGCUGCUGGAGCACUUCGCCAGCCUCAGACAACUACUGGAUCUUAUCACCGGUUGGGACUGGUCGUCUUACCUCCAUGACAUUGGUAUUGAAGGCGGGAAAUACGCGUUAGUCACCCCCCGAGACGCAGCCACGCUCCUCGAGAAACUGAAGGAGGCCGAACAAAAAUCGUCCGUCUUCUCCGUUCUCAAGAAGAACGAAAGAGACAGAAGAAAGCUACUCGAUACAGUGUUGAAGCAACUGAAACAGUUGCAGAAUCAAGACAGUUAAUUCGAACGAAAUUUGAAUUUCGCGCCAAAUUGUUGGUGUGAAGUUUGCGGUUGACAUUUUUUUUAUGGAUAAACUAAAUGAAGAAAGGAUGAUGUUUUUUAAAGUAUUAAAAUGUUGAAAAAUAUGGUAAGGAAAUGAUAUUAGAUAGUAUAAACUAUAAAUAAAGGAAAAGACAGCCAUUGGUUUUACAUUUUGUAGCGAAAACAAGUUGUUAGAAACAUAGUAUUGGAGCAUUUAUAUUAGACAUACAUAUUUAUUAUGUAGUUUUAAGUUCAUAUUUUAUUGGAAUAAAUUAACCCAUUUUCAUAAA